UGUCAAAAUAAACUUUUCAGUAGGUUGUGUGAUUCGUAUUUCGAAGAGCUAAAAGAUUUUUAUCAUUGAAACUAUUAACAUGCGCAUAGUUUGUCGUCAAAGCUCAAGGCUACCGACGUCUUAUCUAUUCUAAAGAACAUCUUGUACAAUCACAGUAGUUAUCAUUAUAAAAAAUAGUUUUAGCGCAAUAUGCGAAGUAUUUCAACAUAUUUAAUUAAGAAAUAAUUAUUUAUUUUAUGCUUUACGAAUAUAUGAAGAAAAUAUUUUCUUCCAAAAUGUUUAACGGUGUAAUAGAUAGAUACAACGGUGUGACAAUAGAUUCACAAAAAGAGCCGUGUGAUCCCAGUUUAUUUCUAACCCAGUUAAUAGACUCUCUCAGACAAUGGACUGAGGAAGGGAAGAGAUGCAUAUGGUUUAAAGUCAAUAUUAAGGAUGCUGCAUGGGUGCCAAUACUAGCCAAUGAUGGCUUUAACUUUCACCAUGCCAGAGAUGAUUUUGUGAUGAUGUACAAGUGGCUACCAACAGAUCGCUCUCACAACUUGCCUCCAGCCUGUCACACAAACCUUGGAGUAGGUGGCAUGGUGUUCAAUGACAACAAUCAAAUAUUGGUUGUAAAAGAAAAAUCCAUUGAUUACCCUCACUGGAAACUGCCUGGAGGUUAUGUUGAGAGGAAUGAAGAUAUAAAAGAUGCUGCCAUGAGAGAAGUAUGGGAAGAAACUGGAAUAAAAACAACCUUCGACUCCAUGAUAACAUUAAGGCAUUCACACAGAUCCAUGUUUGGUAACUCUGAUAUUUAUGUUGUAGUUAAGCUCCAAGCUAAAACAACAGAAAUAACUAAAUCUGAUGUAGAAAUACAAGCAUGUCAGUGGAUGGAUGUGGAGGAAUUCUUAAAUCAUCCUCAUGUUCAUGAGUUCAAUCGUUUUUUGGUAAAACAAGCCUUGGACUUAGAACAUAGGAAAAUUAAAUUAGGUCUAGAUCAGCAGACAAUAACAUUUGCAAAACUUUCACGAGAUGUAACCAACCUUGUAAUUGAAGAUUUAUAAAUUAUUAUUACAUAUUCAAUGUAAGUGUAUAUUUCGACUGUGAGGUAUGUAUGUACUGGUAAUAUCGGCAUCAGAGGGUGUGCCGCAAAUGAUUUCGUUCGUCGCUUGUCUAUUUGGCUCUCUAUUGCUGAUUUAUUCAAGAUUGACUGUGAGGCAAAGCAGAUAACGUAAUUUAGAUUUUAGCGGUAGGCAGGCAGAGUUGAGGUCAUGCACACAACUACUUAUUCAUGCAAAGACAGCCUCAUUUUGAAAUGAAUGUUCAUUUUCUUGUUGAUAGAAAGUUCAACAACCGACUGCAAGGUUAACCAAGAGGGUUUUUUAAGGUAUUGUUUGCAAUUAGUACUCCAUCUAGUAGGUCGUGUAAUAAUUCACCCUCAAUCCUUCUACCCUCCCCACAGAACCACAGAUACAAUGAUUGUAUUAGAUGUGUAGUCUAACAAAAACUCAUGCUUCGAAUAUGACCGCUAAUGUAGAUGGCGCUAUAGGGGUCCAUAAAUUAUGCGGCAAAAAUUUUAGUUUUUUUUAAUACAUCAUAAAUCGUAAACCGCAAUUUACCUUUCACCACGUUACACAUAAAAAAUACAAUAAUUGUGUAAUGUACGGAACCCUCGGUGCGCGAGUCCGACUCGCACUUGGCUAGUUUUUCUUAGAUUUGUGUUGUCUAUAGGUGUGAAAUUAAUAUAAUGAACCUGUCUAUAUACUAUACAGCUAUAUUAUUAUUUAUUAUUUUAUUAUUUUAUUUUAUUAAUUCAAAAAAUUUACACAGCAUUACAGCGAACUAAUACACUGAGAAA